CACUGUGACACCUGAACGCAGCGUAACGUCCGGCAGCUGCCACGUCAUCAGACGCUCCGUCACCACCAACAACAUCCAACAUGGCGGCGUCCGCCCGGGAGAAGCAGACAGUGGCUCUGAAGCGAAUGCUGAAUUUUAAUGCUCCUCCUCUGAACAACACGGCGGCAGAACCGGUGUGGAAGGUGCUGAUCUAUGACAGGUUUGGACAGGACAUCAUCUCUCCUCUGCUGUCCGUCAAAGAACUGAGGGACAUGGGCAUCACACUGCACCUUUUGCUUCACUCGGACCGUGACCCGAUCCCUGAUGUUCCUGCCGUUUACUUCGUCAUGCCCACAGAGGAGAACAUCGACAGGAUAUGUCAGGACCUGAGGAACCAGCUGUAUGAGUCCUACUACCUCAACUUCAUCUCCGCCAUCAGUCGCAGUAAACUGGAGGACAUCGCCAGCGCUGCCCUGGCUGCGAAUGCUGUCAGCCAAGUCACCAAGGUUUACGACCAGUACCUGAACUUCAUCACCCUGGAAGACGACAUGUUCAUCCUGUGUCACCAGAACAAAGAGCUCAUCUCCUACCAUGCCAUCAACAGAGCGGACAUCCAGGACACGGACAUGGAGGCCAUCAUGGACACCAUCGUGGACAGUCUGUUCUGUUUCUUCGUCACUUUGGGGGCGGUGCCCAUCAUCCGCUGUCCCCGUGGAAACGCUGCAGAGAUGGUCGCCGUGAAGUUGGAUAAGAAGCUGCGUGAAAACCUGCGCGAUGCCAGGAACAGCCUGUUCACCGGAGACAACAUGGCCGCCGGACAGUUCAGUUUCCAGAGGCCUCUGUUCGUCCUGGCUGACCGUAAUGUGGACAUGGCCACGCCCCUCCAUCACACCUGGACCUAUCAGGCGCUGAUCCACGACGUCCUGGACUUCCACCUGAACCGGGUCAUGAUGGAGGAGGGAGCGGGGGCGGAGCCUUCGCCCUCCGGCGCCAGACCGAAAAAGAAAAACAGGAAGAGCUACGACCUGACGGCGGCCGACAAAUUCUGGCAGAAACACAAGGGCAGUCCUUUUCCAGAAGUGGCCGAGUCAGUUCAGGAGGAGUUGGACACGUACAGAGCACAAGAAGAUGAAGUCAAACGUCUGAAGAGCAUCAUGGGUUUGGAAGGAGAAGACGAAGGCGCCAUCAGCAUGUUAUCAGAUAACACCGCCAAACUCACCUCCGCCGUCAGUUCUCUGCCCGAGCUGUUGGAGAAGAACGACUGAUCGACCUGCACACCAACGUG